AAACACCAAAAGUUACUAUAACUAAUUAUGAAGCUACAUUGUUUAAUUUUGUUAGUAUUAUAUAUUACUAUAGCUAAUGGACUGCCAUUUGCCGACGUAUUCGACAACGAUGUGGACAAUAGUCACAAAUGGGUGGUAUUGUGCACCGGGAGUAGCGGGUGAAGUAAUUACGGAGAUCAGGCACUUGUAAUGCGAGGCUACCAUAUGUUUCGCUCGUAUGGCAUACCGGAGAGCAAUAUAAUAGUCAUGUUUUACGACGAUAUCGCCAACAGUACACACAAUCCGACCCCCGGUAUAGUCAUCAACGAGAGAGGGGGUCCCGACCUGUAUAAAGGUGUGCCCAAAGACUAUACCGGUAAAGAAGUUACACCCGAGAACUUUUUGGCUGUAAUGCAAGGCGACCCUGAGUUAGCCAAACAGGGUAAAAAGGUUGUCAACAGCGGGCCAAACGAUCAUGUGUUUAUAUAUUUUGGCGACCAUGGUUCGACAGAAAUGCUCAUGUUCCCAUCGACUUACCUGAAAGCCAGUGACCUAAACAAAGCGCUGGUCUCUAUGCACGAGAAACACCGGUUCGCCGAACUUGCUAUUUAUAUUGACGCUUGUGAAUCAGGCUCCAUGUUUCGCAAUAUACUUGCCGAUAAUAUUAAAGUGUAUGCUACAUCAUCAUCUGAUUAUAAUGAGCUUAGUUGGUUUUGGAAUUGGGAUGAUAAGUACGAUACCUGGUUAAGCUCAUUCUUUGCCGACAACUGGCUCGAUAAUGAUGAGACCAGCGAUUUAAAAACCGAGACCAUGCAGCAACAAUUUCAAUUUUUCAAAGAACAUAACUUGGUCAAUUAUACUCACUUAAACGUAACUCAUUCGGUUCAUUCACAACAAUAUGGUAGUAAACCUAAUGGUGUAAUCAAUAGGCGUAAAGCAGAGCAAAAUAAUGAGGCGGUUAGUAAAUGGGACGCAAAGUUGGUUUCACUUGAGAAACGCAUCGAAAAGACUGAGGAUAUCAACGAGGAAAACAGACUUUUAGCAGAGUUAGAGAACUUAUACGCCGGCAGGAAAUAUGUGGACAAACAUAUGACUGAAUACGUGAAUAGUAUUCAACACUUACUGACAGUCGAUAGCAAUGCUAUUCUAAACACUAAACAAGAGCUCAAUGAUAGACAGUGUUAUGAAACUUUGGUCGACACGUAUAACGAGAACUGCUUACAAAUAAGCAAGCUCCUGGUGAGAGAAAUAGACAGCGCACCGGUCGGCACCGGUAUAGGCGUUUGCGAU